AUGCGUUCGGAGAGCAAAGAUAUGGUAUCUUUGGCGAUCUUUGGAUUCUUAUUCUUUGGGGGUAAGCAUCGAUCACGUGGAAACAGUAUCGCGAUUGCAGAGACACUGACCAAAAGGCAUAAAGGCGUCCAGUGUGAUAGAGAACAGCGCGAUUUCGUAGCUCUGAAUGCGCGAAAGGUGCUCAGUAAUUCCUCAACAGCAUGGAACACCUCCGACUUUCUACAAGACCCAAAAUCAAGCCCCGCGCCGAGCGUGCAGAACAGCAACCAGUCAAACGGCAGCCUCGCUUUCGGCCCACCGCAAGAGCCUUCUAUUAAUUCCACGACACCGUCUACUACCGUAGGUCCUAGUUUGUCUGCACGGAACAAUGACGAGACUGAUGAGCAGGCGAAGUCUGCAGCUCUGCAAACUCUCGAGGCAAGCUCUGUUCCACAGUCAAACGAUAGCCUCGACUUUGGUUCGGUUCUUCCAUCGUCCUGCAAUGACCAGCGAUCUUUGUAUAGGUCGAGAGCUUGUAAAGGCCCCCAAGCCCCUCGCCCGCUCAUGCCCGAGUCGAGUCUGGUACCUCCAACCAAUGAUCCCACAGCGAUGUCAGAGGUUGCAACCACAUCAUCAGCACGGCCACAUCCCGAACCUGCGACGAUGAUUAUGUCGCAGGAGACCACUCAACAGAGUUUGACAAUGACAAGACCGCCUGAGUCGGUGUUGGUGACCCCAAACGGGGGUCCAUCAGCAGUGUUAGACAUCGCACCCACGUCAUCAACACGGCCAGAACCUGAACCUGUGAUGAAGACUAUCUCACAGGAGAUCACUCAACAAAGCUUGGCAAUGACCAGGUUGCCUGACCAAAACAGAGAACCAUUGACUGUCCAUACCCAAAUGGAACCUUCUGUGGCCCAAUUCUCAAGCCUUACGCAUUUAAAAGUCACGCCUGUACCUCAGCUGAAACCCCAAUCACAAACAGCCCAGAGCCCGCAAACAGAGCAAAGCGAUUGGCAAUCUGCAUCCAUAAAAGCACCCACUUCAGAGCCUCAGACAAAUCAAGCCAUUACGCGAGCAUCAACGACACAGCAACGACCAGCUGUAGCGAUUGCGCAGCCUGUGAGCCCCACGACACAGAGUCCUGUUCUUCUGAAGAGUGACACUGUGCCCAGCAAUACUUCCGUGAUCGGAGACGGCUCAUAUCAAAAAGCUGGCUCCACCAAUAUCAGUGACGAAACCGUCCCCACCCCACGAAAUGUCAACAACCACAGCUUCUACCAGCCAAAAGUCCACAGAGAGCCCCGCUCUUCUAAAGAGCAACUUUGUGCCCAGCACUAUGUCCACGAUCGCAAACGGUACACGUCGAGCGCCUGA